AUGUCGUCGCGCCAGCCCAGGUUCAACCAGCAAGCCCUCAUCGACACCACCCCUCUACCCGACGACAUCCCCAAGGUCAAAGAGCUCGGAGCCAGUUCUGCGCCCCUCCUAAGUGCCUCGUUCUUCAUUGGCGCGCGAUGCAAGGCCUACAACGAUGAUUACAUGAUGUGCAAGACCGAGGCCAACGGCCGGGGAGAGUUCGACUGUAUGAAGGAGGGCCGUAAGGUCACCAGGUGUGCGGCUAGCGUUAUCAAGGACAUCAAUGAGAACUGCCUGGCAGAGUUCCGCACCCACUGGCAAUGCCUAGAGAACCACAACCAGCAACUCUGGAACUGCCGGUCAGAAGAGCGCAAGCUGAACAAGUGUGUGUUCGAAAAGCUGAAAUUGGAGAAGACGAUACCAGAUGCGCCCAAGGGUGAGACCCCAGUCCACCUGCGCACACGCAACAUCUUUGCGACUCAUUAAGCUUUGUACAUAUUUGCCGCCGGAAAGGACACCAAGGAUAAAUGAACGACAUCACCUGAAAUGUGUGACUAUGACAAAACACUGCAUGACUGUUUGUAUUGUG